GGCGGGGCGGGGGCGGAGCCUCGAGGCGCCGCGCGUGCGCAGGGGCCGGGCGUGCGUGCUGUGCGUGCUGUGCGUGCGUGCGUGCGCGCGGCGUUUCCGGGCCGGCGGCGGAGCGCGGAGCUGGUGGGCGCGAUGGUGCUGCUGGAGAGCGAGCAGUUCCUGACCGAGCUGACCCGGCUGUUCCAGAAGUGCCGCACGUCCGGGAGCGUCUUCAUCACGCUGAAGAAGUAUGAUGGUCGAACAAAACCAGUCCCGCGCAAAGGCCACGUAGAAAGCUUUGAACCCGCAGACAAUAAGUGUCUUCUCAGAGCAACGGAUGGAAAGAAGAAAAUCAGCACAGUGGUGAGCUCAAAGGAAGUAAAUAAAUUCCAGAUGGCAUAUUCUAAUUUGCUGAGAGCUAACAUGGAUGGCUUGAAGAAAAAGGACAAGAAAAGCAAAAACAAGAAGAGUAAAGCAACACAGUGAUAGAAGUGUCCGACCAUCACUGCAACAGACUUGACCCUUGCUCAAAGCAAAGUCCAUUUCUUUUUGAGUUACCACUUGUCUUUGGUUUUCCUUCCAGCAGGAUACUGGGAUGUGAUCAGUACUUUUGUUUAAACUGAAAGCAGGAGAUGCUUUCUGUGGAUUGUUGUAUGGCAGGAGUAUUUACAGGGUUAUACCAAAAUAGCUUUACACUCGUCUGCCAACUAGUUUUGUACUUAUACUGCUGUUUGUUUUGUAUUAUGCAAGUGGGUGGUGUAAAACCCAUCUGGGGGAUAACAGAGGGUAAAGAGAAGUGCACAGCACCAUGAGCAAAGUGAGAUUGGAACAGGAGUCUCUGUGACAGAUGCCCAGUUUCAAAGAUAAGUCUUGGUAGUACUAGGGAAAGUGGGUGCCAACCUAUUAUCCAGGAACAGCAGCUUUCCUGUUUCUGUCUUAUUUUGAGGGCCAUGUUUAUCCGAUGCAGUGCAGAUGCCUUGAAGGCAGCCAGUCCCAUGCUUGAGCUCUCAGCUCAUCAGCUCUGCCUUAUCCUGUGCCCAUCCAGCUGUGCUGAUCCUGGCUCAGGGUGGGGCAGUGCAGGACUCUGCAUCACGGUCCCUUCAGGCAUAGCUUAAGAAUGCUCAUGUCACCUGAAUGUUUGUUUUUUAAAACUUCAUCCUUCAACGUAUUCAGGGAUCUGGAUUUCCCCAUCCUCGCAUCUUAAAGUAGCUCCUUCAUAUGAGCAGAUGUAAAAGGUGAAUACUUACUUGUUCCUAUUAAACACAAUGAGAAAUGGAUUUGGUUGUAAUGACUGCUGUGAUGUGUCUUGGUCAUGAUAGUUGUCUGUGCUGUUAGGACUGACCCUCCCCCAGCGUUACUUCUAUGCAUUGCUAUGGCAGUGUUGGCAGUUCUCAGAUGUUUGGGGUUGUUUUCAAAGUUAACUCUUUGCAUAUUUUACCUUUGCCUUCCUUUUCACUAAAAGGAAAAGGCUGCAGAAGAAGUAGGUCUUUCUUAAUGCAGUGAGCCUGCAGUACUGAAGACAACCUUUUGUGAUAAGAAAAAGAAGCGUGAACAAGGUACUGGUUGGGGAGAAAGGGUGAAGACCAGUCUAUGUGCAGAAAUACACAAUUUUUUUCAUAUUUGUUAAUUUGGUAUGAAAUAUAAUUAUUUACAGCAACAAAGGCUGCUGUAAUUGA